CUGCUAGAGGGAAAGUCAGCAUCAGGCAGCUGCAGUGGUCUGCAGAAAGAAAACAGGAACAAGAUCGUGGCAGACAUGGACUUGCAUUGUGAUUGUAAUGAUAUUUCGGCUUCUGAACAACAAACUGGCAAGAUAAGUAAGACAGCAUUUAAAUUAUUUGGGAGGAAAAAAUCAGGGGGCACCAUGCCUAGUAUUUUUAAUCUGAAAAACAAAGGGGAUAGGAAAAGCUCCUUGAAAAUGGGGCUUGUUAGAAGCAAAACGCAUGAUGGAAUUGCUGAUAUGGGACUGGAAAUGAGCAAUAAGGAAGAAUCUUUGAGUAAUUAUCAACUGGACAAUGAUUCCAGUACAAAAAUUGUCAACAGUAUGAGCUUUGCUGCUGCUGGUUGCAGACCUAUUGCUAAGUCUCACAGUUUUUUCUCUUUACUAAAAAGGAAUAGUAGGUUAGAAAAUGGCAAGGGAGAGUCAGUACAUUCAAACUCUGAGCAGGUGAAGGAAAAGAGUUGCAACAGACAAAAGAAAGGACUGAAAGGGUUGUUCAGCAACAUGAAAUGGCAUAAAAAGGACAAAAUUAGUAAAGAGGAGAAAGAUGAGUACCUGGAAAGCCAUGGCACUAUUACACUGCCUAGUUCUUUGACUGCCAGCUUGGAAUGUGUGAAAGAAGAGACAUACAAAUCUUGCUCUGAACAUGAAAGUGCUGCAUUGGAAAUGCAGGACAAAUUAUCAUGUGAAUUGCAGAAUGGUAAUGAAGCCAUCUUCACCGAGGAAUCAAAACAUGUAAAUAGUGGCAAGUGCCUUCCAGAAUUAUGUAAAGAUUUGGAGAAAGCUGCGACUGACCACCAGUUAUUGGACCAAGAUUCUAAUGUCAAGGGAUUUGAACAGCUAGAGGAAAAACAUGAUGGACGAUUGACUGAUAUGGGGCAGGAUGUACAAGAAGAAAGUAUUUCUGUAACUGGAUCCGAAUCUCAUCACAAUCCUGAAGCUUCAACACUUUGUGCACCCAAUAAUGAUCCAUCCUCGGAACAAUCAAUUGAUCGAAUUUGCUUAAUGUUUUCUGAUGUUACAUCUUUAAAGAGCUUUGAUUCAUUUACAGGGUGUGGAGACAUUAUUGCUGACCAGGAUGAUGAAGGGAAUGUCUGUGAAAAAGGAGCUCCUGCAGAAAAGGGAAAGGGUGGUGCAAAGAAAUGCUCAAAUAUUCUGACUUAUCAAGGUGGAGGAGAGGAGAUGGCAAGCCCAGAUGAAGUUGAUGAUGAAUAUCUGCAAGAAUUUUGGGACACACCUCCAUCAACUGUUGAGCCUCUAAAAGAAAAACAGGACCAGACCAUGGCUAACCAAACACCCUGGAUGGCUUCAGAAACUCCAAUUUGCCUUGAUGAAGCAGCAGAAGGGAUCUUAAUCAAGCAACUUACUUUGAAUGAUGUUUCUAAAACUAAAAAUGAUAAUGAAGACCCAGUGACCACCAACAGUGAUCAACAAGACUGUGUCCCAAACUGUGAUGAGGGAUAUUGGGACUCCACAACCCCUGGACCUGAUGAUGAAAGUGGGAAAACACUUGCUACCAGGGCAAGUAUUCCAAGAGACAGUUACAGUGGAGAUAUUCUGUAUGAUCUGUUUGCAGAUGUAGAUGAAAGUUUGAUAAGUAUUGUUUCGGAUGAAGAAAUGUCCUCUGUAUCUGAACCUAAAAUCUGGUCUCCAAAACCUCUUGCGCCUGCAUCCAACAUUACUGCAUCCAACGUUCCUACAAUUUCCAAGGAGAAAAGUGUAUCUGCCAUUCCCAGACACAGGGCCACUUUAACUGUACGACAGAGCGAAGCAAAUCAUACUUCCUGGCCUCAGACACAUCAACAGUUGGUAGGAUGCGAGCCUGCAAGAACCAAAAUUCCUGUUGCUAAGACAUCAAUUCCUAGACCUAAUAACAAAGGCACCAUUGGGACAAAUGCAAAUGUCUUGGCAACCAAAGGAAAUGCAAAAAAAUAGUCUCAUAAAAUCUACUGUUGGAAAAUUAAAAUGUGCAUGUUACAUCAGCCCAGAACCAUGUAUUUGUACGGAUAAGCACAAUGGUGUGAUAUUCUGUUUGCACUCGUAAUGUUUACACUGUGUAACAGAACUUUUAUCACUUGGCAAAGAGUUUCUCCUGUGAUGUCAUAGAAUCGUGCCUAGAAACAUUAAGCAAUUUGAAAUUUUAAGAAGCACAGAUGCAACAAACAAAAUUUAUAGCUCACAAAUUCUUCUUGGGAAAGAAAACAAUUGUUUGACACACAAAAUUUUAAACAGCUAAUGUGAACAAGAAAGGGCUUUAUGACGGAAUACAAAAUAUAUUUGCGAAACAGUGAAUGAGAAGUUGAACCAAAUCCUAUACAUCUUUAUAAUGAGCAAUAGACACCAUUUUGCUAUCUUUUGUUUGGAUGAUAUUCUUCAAAAGAUGAACAUGAAUUUCCACCAAUACAAAGUACAGCAGAGGAAAAAAACUCUAAUGUGACGGUGCCUAAAGCCAAUCCAUUCUGGGAUCAGAUUGUGUUGAUCCAUUGGACAUUUGUGAUUCACAGAAGAAGAAAAGAAACUGAUAUGUAAAAUGGGUUACAUAAUUAUGACCAGGGAAUGAUUACAUAAUCAGGCCAGCUUGUAUUCUCAUCCCAGAGAAAACACUUCAAUGUAUAGCAUAAUGGUAAAUAGUACAACAUUUAUUCCCUUGAAGCUACUUUUGAAGGGGAGAGAAAUCUGCCUUUCUAGAUUGUUUUAUUGUCUUCAUAAAUUUGAUUCCUUUUCAAUUUUCAGUCUGCCAAUGCUUUUUGAAUAACUAAUUCUGAGUGCUCUUAUUUUCCACAUGUAGUGGCGAUAAAUACGAUCGAGUGAAUGACCACCAGAAAUGUCCUCACAAUGGGGGCAGAUAAUGUAUGAUUAAACAACUUCGAGAUAUUUUCUAGUCAACUGUUCAGAGAUAUUAUUAUACAGCUCUGGAGCAUGUGGGACUUGAUCCUGGGUGUCUUGGCCCAGAGGUGGGGACACUACAAUUGUGCCACAUGAGUUCCUUACAUAACUUAGAUUGUUCCUUCCAAAAUUUUCUGUACACUCAUUGUUUAAAGGUUAUAUAGUGAGUGAAUUUGAUAGUCACAUAAUUCUUUUUAUAUUAGUCACUUUGUCGUGUAUCUAUUAUUUUUGUUCAGUAAUUGUGACAGAGACCAGCUUAUGCAGAAGAAGAAGCGGAUACUAUUUAAAUUAUAUUUGUACUACAGUCUCCAGUCCAACUGUUUAAGAUUGUUCUUAUCUAUUUGCAGAAAACAUUCUUCACAAAAACUUGGUCUGUUAAACUUCUUUCUUUCCUUGUUUAGAUUUUUUUUCCACUUGGGGCACUCAGUGCCUGAGUGGAAAGGCCUAAGGCGAAAACAAAAUUUGACCUCAGGCCACAUUUAAAUGAUGUAGAUGAGCUGCUGACUUCUGUUUAGGUCCCAAGGCAUUUUGCUGGUGAGGAGGAUUUCAAUGUUUGCAAUAGUCCUCAAUAAGCUGAGGAUGGGGAGGAACAAAUGGGGGAUCGAUAUGGGAAGGAGUGAGGUAAGGGGUCAGUUGGAUAUGGUAGAUACUAACAACCUUUGGAGCUACUCUGUAGGUGUAUAUUUAGGUAAAUAAUGAGUGCAAUGACACAUAUGCCAUAUUUUUCAAUGUUUAAUGUCUAUUUUGUCCAUUAAAAAGGGCAGCAUAAUUUAAAUUCUAAGCCUCAAUCUGAAAAAAAAAUCAAAUGUACAUAGAAAAUAUAAAGGGCCAACCCUAAAACAGCAUAAUGAAACAUGAGGCGCCUUAAAAUAAAAGUAUUCAAGAGUGGAGUUAGUAGAAAGGUAAUGCUGCCAUUUCAUAGAUAGUACAGGGGAGCAACAGUAUGAGGUAAAUUCUAUAUUUAUCUCAAUAAAAUGAUGUCAGAAAACCAGUAACAGAUACAGGGGCUGGAUCUUACAUCUCCCAGCACACUGAGGGUGGUGGAACAGAAACUGCAUGGUCUACUUGCUCCUGUCACUGCCAUCUGGUAGGAAGGAAGCCAAUUAUAUAUGCACGGGAGGCUUCCUUCCCAAAAAAUUAACUCUUUCUCAUAUUUCUUUCCAACGUUGCAGCUAUUAUCAGAUGCAACAAGCUAGAGGUCUUGUGAAUUUGCAUUACUGGGAAAAUAAAUCUUGGGUUGAAUUUUUUUGUUGCAAUUAUAUUCACAGAUAGAAAUGAAAAACACCUUGAUGUGAAUAAAUAACUUGUGGAUUCUGAGAAACAGGUGUAAAGGAAGGCUCUGUGGCAAUUGGCCUUUUGGCCUGGGAUGUUUUCAGGUAGAAAGGUAAUGCCAUGGUCUUGAUUAGAAUUUCAUGUCUCCUCACUCUCCGAAUCAGACUUUAUUAUUCAUUCCAUAUCUAACCAUUUUCUAAAAAUGUAACCUCCCGCAGCAGAAUUUUCUGGUACUUUCAAUCACAGCAGGUUUUAUCUACUGUACUCGUGCCAGCUCACUGUAACUUCCCUUGAAAUCUUCCAAACCUGUUAUAUUCGACUCCUCAAUAAUGUAGCAGGCAAUGAAGAAUUGUGGGUGAAUGGCUUACUAAUGAUCUUAAUGGCUCCAUUAACAAAUGAUUUCAAAAUGGUAAGUAGGCUAAUGAUUUCAGGAGACAUUGGCACUGCAAUUGGAAGACCUGCUUGAUGAUAUCAAGUUGCUGACCUGACACCAUGAUGCUGAAUGUUAUUAUCUGCACAUGGGGACAGUAUGUCUCAUCUGGGAAUGUAAAAUCCAGCCAAUGGUCUGCUAAUUUAUCAAAUAGAAUUAUAACAUUCCUUUAACUUUAAAAAAAACAUAAAGAGCUGAUGACUAUAGCAUGUGGCUCUGCAUUGGAAAUGAAGUUAAAAUGUUCAGUUUUUAAAAAUUAAUCAUUGUGAAACUGUACUAGCCUCCUUACUAGGAAAUUGAAAGGUACAUAUACACAGCAAAAUGUCUACCAUCUGCUGGCUAUUUGGAGAGCUAUUAGACAGAGGCAGAGGAUCAGGUCUCCUUCCAACCAACAAUUGGAAGUAAUGUGAAAGAAAGUCCUUCACAGAGGAGGAUCAAUUAACACUGGCAAAUAUGUUAGUCAUCUAUUGGUUGACUUAGUUCAAAUGAAAUGUUAUCCUGUAUCAUAUUGCCUGCUAAGGAGUUUGAUGUUCUGAGCUAAUGUGAUCAUGGUUGUAACUAGGAGAACUACAAUGAGGUACCUUACCUUGGUAAAAUUAAUUAGGUUACCUUGAUAACAAAGUGUGAAGCUGGAUGAACACAGCAGACCGAGUAGCAUCUUAGGAACACAA